AUGCCUCAAGAUAGUUCUGUUCGUCUUGAGGUCGGAUCUGGUACAACAUUUAAAGGAGGUUCUUUGACAUUUGUCUUUCCUCGAGUCAACUGUCCUGACUUUACAUGGUACAUUUGCCGUGCGAGUGGUUCUCAGGAUGGUACUUCUAUAGAUUCUACAAACACCACAUUACAAAUUUCCCCAGGAUUUGAUAGCCUCAUGAAAACAUCACCAUCUGACCUUGUUGUCAAUCAGAUAUCCUCCUUUCUGUGCAGAGGAACUGUCCGAAAAGAAGGCCCUUUUUCUUUGCAAUGGUAUCGAAGAACUAUCACAUCAUCCAGCCAGCUUCAAGUUGACCCAGCAAAAGUAGUUGGCCAAAAUGAAUGUAGCCGUAGCAUUUCAAGCUCAAUUAAUUACAAUGUAAGUGAGACUGAUGGGCCAAACCUUGUUCUCUGGUGCCGAAUAGAAAGUGGGCAAAGAAUUGAUAAAAUGGUGAACUUCACUGUUCAAGAAAUUUCCACAAUUGCAGCUCCUUUUACCCCACAACCUGUUAAAGCUGGUCUUGAGCCUGGCAGCAUUGUUGGCAUAGUCCUUGGAGUCAUUGCUAUAAUAGUGUUGGUCGUGCUUCUUGUUUGGUUCUUAGUAGUCAGACCCAAGCGACUCAAAGCAGCAGGAUCUUCCAAGGAUAAGGGCCCAGAACCUAAUGCCAAGGACUACCAGGUACAAGAUAAUGUUCUUUAUGCAACAGUUGAUCCGUUAAAAAAACAAAACCACAAGUCAUCCUCCUCGUCUCUGGUACAAGGACCCGAUACCAACUCCAAUUCUGUUCAAGAUACCGGAACGGCAGCCAAGAAGCUGAAAUCGAACAAACAAAAUGCGUUCCUGCCAUCCCGUGGUGAUGCCACGGACAACAUGGAUGAAGCAUAUGAGCUACCCCCUCCUCCUCCACCACCACCACCUAAGCCUCACCGAUCUCCCCUAGUUGAGGGGUCAAAUCCACUCCACUAUGCUGAACUGGAACUUGCUGUACAAAAGUCUGCCAAGCGUCGUUCAGAAUAUGGACAAAGGCCAAACACUGACUAUGCUGUCAUAACUCAUAGUUAA